AUGGCGCCGAAUCUCCCCAAAGAAUACAAGGCCGCCGUCUUCGAGGCCAAAGGCCAGCCGCUGAGCUUCAAACAGCUUCCGCUUGAACUGCCCAAGUCGGGCGAGGUGCUUGUCAAAGUGCUGGCGUGUGGUGUCUGUCAUUCCGACGCCGCAGUACAGCAUGGCUUGUUCGGCAACUCGUUUCCCAUCGUUCCCGGCCACGAGGUCAUCGGCGACGUGGCUGCGGUGCCGGAUUCCGAGAAGCGUUGGAAGGUUGGUGACCGUGUAGGAGCUCCAUGGCAUGGUGGUCAUGAUGGAAUCUGCAAAUCAUGUCAACGCGGGUUGUAUCAGAUGUGCGACAACGAGCUGAUCAACGGCGUCACUAAAUCCGGAGGAUAUGCGGAAUAUGUGACGCUCAGGACAGAGGCCGUCGUGUCCAUUCCCUCUGAUGUUGACCCGGCUGAGUUCUGCCCUCUGCUCUGCGCAGGAGUGACUGUCUUCAACUCUCUGCGACACCAGAAUGUCCUUCCAGGAUCACUGGUCGCCAUCCAAGGUCUAGGUGGUCUUGGCCAUCUUGCGCUGCAAUACACCAGCAAAAUGGGGUAUAGGACGGUUGCCAUCUCAUCGAGCUCGGAGAAGAAGGAGUUCGCCACGCAACUCGGGGCGCACGAGUAUAUCGACGCAUCCAAGGGCGACAUUGGGGAACAACUCCAGAAACUGGGCGGGGCGGCAUGUGUCAUCUUCACUGCGCCGAAUCAGAAACUCAUUCCUUCACUGCUUCAGGGAUUGGGCCCCUUGGGCAAAAUUCUCAUUCUGGCAGCAUCCGCCCCCGUCGAGAUCAACACGGCAUCCAUGAUCGCCAAGGGUUUGAGCAUUGUCGCGUGGCCCAGCGGCCAUGCUCUCGACAGUGAGGAAGCAAUUGAAUUUGCUCAGGUGCACAACGUCAACGUGAUGAUCGAGAAAUUUCCCCUCGACAAGGCGAAUGAAGCGCUGGAAAAGAUGGUGAGCGGAAAGAUCAGAUUCCGUGGCGUGGUUAUUCCGUAG